CUGCACUAUCAGUACAGCUAAAGGAAGUGCUCAGAAGAUCAGAAGCUAUACCAGAGAGAACUGUUCCCUUUUUUCUAUCAUCUUUAAAACACUAACAGGAUACAAACAGCACAACCCGAUCUCUCUCCAGGAAUGGCGCAACUUAAUUUGUCGCUCCUCUUAGUUCUGUUAUCUUUCAGCACCAUAUCUGUCUGUUACCCAACUGGGGCACCUAUAUCUGCCUGUGAAACAAUGAUGCCGGGGCAUGUUGGAAUCUUUCCCCAACCUAAGCCUGCCCCAUAUAUAAUCAAGACAAACUCAAGUUCUAUCCAGAGUGGAAGACCCAUACAAGUUCAGAUAGUCGGCCCUGUUUACAGGGGGAUCCUGCUAGAAGCACGGACCUUUGCACAGACCACUCUGUUUGGAAAAUGGCUGCAGCCUCCAAACAACACCAAAAUAUUAGCGUGUCCAAAAAAUCCUGUUGGUGCAAUUACGCAUGCCAACACUAACUUAAAGGACCAAUCUACAACAUACUUAUGGAUGCCACCAGAUUCCGGAUCUCCACCUGUCUUAUUCUUCAUAGCAACUGUAGCCGAGGCAUAUGAUAAAUACUGGCUUGGAAUCCAGUCUGCAAUUUUAUAUCAGUAUUCCUUAGAAACCAGUGGUGCAAAUGAAAUUACUUGGGCAACUGCCAUUUUCACAGUCACAUUCCUUCAAUUUACUAAGUUUCUGCUAUUUUAACAACAAAUAUUACUGAGAUACAAGACAAUACAUUGACGACUGUGGUUUUCAGAAUUAUAGCUUUGUCACCAAAACUGGAAUUUAAGAUGAUGUUUUACAUGGUAUUGGUGGCUUAGUGCUGCUCUCAGAGCAAAUAAUAAAUGUUUAUUAUACAUGGUUGUAUUCUCAUAAUACCUGAUAUGUCAUUAAACAGAUAAAUUAAACCA